CAAAGAGGGAGAAGAAGAAAAAAAAGAAAAGAAAAAAAGAAAAGAAGAAGUCCCACCACCAGGUAUCCCAGCAUCCUUUGCGCGUCGACGUGGGAGGACAUAUUUCCGGAGAGGACCGAGGACCGAGGACACAUCAAGAAACGUCCCAAGUACCGUUUAGACGUCUGAUUGAAGCUCAUAAAGAUGUCUGAGAAUAUUGAGGAGAAGAUCAAGGGCUACAGGACUGCCCCCUUUGACGCCCGAUUCCCCAACACCAACCAGACCCGCAACUGUUUCCAGAACUACCUGGACUUCCACAGGUGCAACAAGGCCUUGUCAGCCAGAGACCAGGAUGUGGCUCCCUGUGAUUGGUACCAGAGGGUUUACAAGAGCCUCUGUCCCAUGAGCUGGGUUGCCAAAUGGGACGAUCAGAUAGAGAAUGGAAGUUUCCCAGGGAAGGUCUGAAAUCGCCAGGCUGUUAUUGAUCAGGACAGUUCACUGCAGGACAUUCUGUUUCUUGCACCUUUACCUCUGUAGUGUGCCUAAGGACAUCUUCAAACAGCUAUCACAUCAUCGUCGAUGUUACUGUUAACUUAAACUAACUACACGCACAACUUUUCACUCUGCAUGUUAAGGUCUGAAGUUGUUUCCUGUCUCUAUUGUAAACUACUCUUCAGCAUUGUUUAUCAAUAAAUACAUUGUGGAUUUAAUUAAAAGGAUGUUCAUUAUA